AUGCUGUUUCAGCCCCAGCUGCCAGGCUUGACGCCGGUCUUGACCAUUGACUUCGCGCAGCUUGCUCUGUUUCCCUACAGACUGAGCAGUCCUAGCGACAGUCGAGUUGAUAUCCAACUUGGCGUUGUGCGACUUCUCGCUCAGAUCGACGCGUGGAAACAAGCGGUGACCGCGAUUGCGGCUUCGCAGCAGUGGGAAAAACGGAACAAAGUAUGCGCGGCUUGGGAUUUAUAA